ACAGAACUGAGUCAGUUCUUCUCAAGACAGUGAAGUGUUCAGAUACGCAAUCUGGGGGAAAUUCUGAAAAUUCAGGCGUUCGUCGUCGGAGCCGUUGAUUCAUCGUAGUGAAAGUUUGUAAACAUUGCCUAUAGAGAGCUUGUUCAGUACGGUCUGGUUACACCGAACGGGCGCCAGGGAAAGUUUAUUUAAACAAUUUUCCAAACCAGCUGUUUUGUGCGUAAACAGAAACGUAUAAUCAUAUUUCACUGGACUCGGGGGUUGAGUUAAAGGAUUCGUUUGGGAAUUUCCGUUUGGAAGGACGAGGGAUUGUAGCUGGUGACGAUGCAAGUUUUAAGUGGCGAACACAACUCGGACGAGAUUUUGAAUGGAACGAAUGAUAUCCAGGAUAAUGAGAAAACGACUGAAAUUCGAGACUUAUUAGAUGUCCAUGAAAGCAACACCAGUGGAAGUGAUGAACAAGAAAGAUUACACUUUCCCGGAAUAUCUGAAAUCCUACCUUCCCUUCACCUAUGCGGGGCAGGACUAGCAAUGCCAUUGGUUUUGAGCAAACUCGGAAUUAAAUUUGUUGUAAAUGCCGCCCCUGAAUUACCAGAUACCCCAUUACCUGAUUCAAAACCCCUCUAUCUACGAGUAAAUAUCCUUGACAAGGGAGAUGCCGACCUCAAAACUCACUUUGACGAAGUCGCUGAUCUUAUCGAAGAAGUUCGAGAAUCAGAUGGAAAGACAUUGGUCCAUUGUGUCGCAGGAGUCAGCCGAUCUGCAUCGCUUGUUAUAGCCUACCUGAUGAAGCAUAUGGGCAUGUCUCUAAGAGACGCCUACCACCAUGUUAAGAGCAUUAGACCACAAAUUCGCCCAAACAUUGGCUUUUUUAGGCAGUUGAUAGCCUACGAAGAAGAGCUUCGGGGGUCAAAAUCGGUUGAAAUGAUCUACCGCGAAUCGCUGGGGCAAGAAAUCCCUGAUGUCUAUGAACCUGAGUAUCGAGCAAUGGAGGAAUUUUACCAAAGGCAAAGACGAAACGGAAAAAGGCGUUAGAUGUCCUACUCCCCGAGUUUUUUUACACUAAUACUCCUUAAAAAGACUAACGUCAAAUUCUCAUUUUCAUGUUUUGAAAAGUAUUUUUUAACACAUUUAUAUAUAUGUCGAUACAUUCGUGAACUAGUUAUGUAAGGAUCGUAUUAUUCGUAAGGAUAAUUGUUAUAACUGAAUGAAUGGUAUAUGUUAAGGGACCAAAUUUAAUUUUUAUAUGAAAUGUUCAUAAUUUAUAAGUUUGCUGUUUAGGCAUGACAAAAAGAAAGGAUAUUAUAUCUUUUUAUUUAAUAAAAAUACAUAACAAAA